AUGGAUAAAAACAUGGAAGAUAAUAAUGACUCAUAUAGUAGCUCGCCCCCACCAUCUGGCCGUUCAGCUCAAUCCCAGGCUGCAGCCCCUGUUAUUAAUGCCGAUGAUCCUGACGCAUAUGUCAAGAAGCUGCAAUGGAACUGGGCUAAGGGUCCUCAUUUGGAGUUUUUGAAUAGCCAACUCCCACUGUAUUCCACAUCUCUCUCUGAAGGCUCCACAAAGGCUUCAGAACAGCUUGAUUCGGUCAUCAAUGGCUACUUUCAGUGUUUUCCCUGGAGACUGAAGGUAACGGAGGAUCCCGACACACCAUAUAAUCCUCUCAUACAUCUGCCAAUUGAUCCGGUCUGUGAAAUUGAGAUCGAGCAAAAACGGCGCAAAGUCAUUGCCAUGCGAAAGAAAUUCAAGAGACACGCAAAACCUGAGAAUGAUGAGUGGGCCUGGUACUUAGUGCAGCUCUCUGGUUUAUCGAAAACCAAGCCAAAAGCUCUUCAACCCCACCAAUGCUGGUCCAAAGACCACUUUGACGACAUCGUCAAGAAGGACUUCCAUAAGCAGUGGAAGAAAGCUGGUCUCCCGUCGAAGAAUCUUGCAAUGUUUCGUGACUUGAUCACACGAAAACACUUCCUCAAAACAAGUCAGAAAACGCAAGACUUGUAUAAGCGUCUCACAAAGGAUGCAGCUGUAGAGGCUUGGACAGAGAAACUGCGUGCGCCCUCACAUUCAUCUCCAGCUGAACGUCAAGUCGCUAUCGAUAGAUUGGCAAAUUUUGCUGGCCCUUUGCUUUCAGAAAUGUCCCAGAUCAUGGGCAUGCAUUGUUCUCUCUUUGUUGGCGGUCCUGAGCCACGUGCACAAGGCAAGAUCAGAAUCAUAAUAACACUUUUCGGCAAUGUACCAAGUCAUUCACCCGUUACCUCACAACGUGCUACUCUUUCGGCAAUACAACAAGCUGAGGAGCAGAUUCAAGCCAGUCGGCUACCAGAGGAUGUCACUGCCGAAUUUACCAUAGACCAGGACGAUUCUGAUGAUGAUUUAGCAGCCGAGGGCUCAAAAUUGAAGCCAAUGCCGAAAUCCUGGAAGAAGUCUUCCUUCGAUUCGGACUCGGAGUCAGAUUCUGAUAGCAGCGAGGAAUCCACGUACUCUGCCGAUGACGUGGCUGGUAUCAAUGAUGAAGACAACGACAAGCAUGACCAACACAACCCAGCCGACACAGACAACAACAUUGACAGCAAUGGUGAUGUUGAUCUGCUGGUACCUCCAUCACACUCAGAUACCAACCCAGAUCCUGAGCCAUCGCACGAGGCUGCUGACACAGAAGGUAUUGAGUCUCCAUCUACUGGAGACUGUCAGGUGAAUAAUGCAAACAUGGAAACCAGCAAUGACAUUGAGCCCCAGCCUUCCAAUAAGCCUGCCUUGGUACAUUUUCUUCAUCAGGGUGACCUUUGGCUAGCUGAACUCCCUCCGGACUGCCCCAAAUGGUUUUUGGAUUCUCAUGUAUACCUUCAUGCACCUUCUCUUCCGGCUCAAUAUACCUCGCUAUUGUCAGCCUUUGUUUGUCUGGAACAAUCCUCCUCUUUCAUGAGCAGCAGGGGACCAGCGCAUUCACUUGGCAAAAAGCACCGACCCGAAGCUGUAGGCUGGUGGAUUGCACGUGCAAGGUCAGGCAUACCACCCCUGCCUGAUCUUAGUAAGUAUUCCACCGACUUCUGGGCAUGGUGGAUCGCCCUGCAGCCUACAUGGAGGGUCAUAACUGCACCCCUUGACUCACCAACUUUACUUCCUAGCCGAGAGAUAGCAGGAUCCUGGCACGAACUUGACAAGCUGGGACAGAAUGGCUUCCUCAGUGUGAUCGGUGCUCUCAAUUGGUGGGGCAAGGCUUGUCAAGACCAAUGCAUCGAUAAUGUAUCGUGGCUUGCUGCCAUUGCUGAUGUUCAAUGGGUAAUGGAACGAUUGAUUGAAACUCGCACAUCAUCGACCUCGGCUACACAGAACUCAUUAUUUGCUAAUGCCAUCUUAGGAAUCGGACUAGCACAUUAUUCACUGUCCAAAUGGUAUCAUUUUCUCAAUGAAAGUUUUCUCGGAUACUUCGAAGCAAGAACAAUGAAAGCUCGCUCACCAAACAAAGCAGCCUCCACCAAUUCAGCACAUGUGGCCAAGCAUAACACAUCCUCGAGGGCAUUUUCUAUGAUCACAAUGUCACCUGACCUGGGACGCAAGUCUUCGGGUUCACAUGGUAAAGUUUUCAUGAAUUUAUGGACAACAUUCUCGAUGUAUCGAUGCGGUCAGCAACAUGAAUAUUUGAGAAUAAAUAUACAGAUGAAACAUGGCACAAAGACUAUGUUGCCUUACUAUGUUCUGCUGGCAGUGGUCCUAUGGAUCCUUGCAACUAUCAGUGUUACAGACUGUGUAGUAAUAGGAAUCCGAGACUCCGAGUCAAUGUACACUGGUUCCAAUGUUCAAUGUUCAAUGUUCAACUCUCAUUCGCACUAUCAUCAGUUCUUCUAUGUUGAUGGAAUUUAUUACACCGAUGAGUUGAGCACAGCACUCUUCAAGCACUGGCACAAAGAUUGA